GAGAAAAGAUUAAUAAAAGUAAUUAUAAAGUUUAUUGUAAAGCAUGUGUUGAUGUAUUGGCACAUACAACUCCUGAAGAGAGGCAAAAAGUUUUUGACUUGUCUAAUAAUGAAUCAACUAAACAAUCUAGUUUAUCAUAUGAUACUAUAACUACUUCAUCACAAUCAUCUACUCGAAAAACUAUUGCUUACUAUUGCUUGUAUAGAUCAUCUUUAAAAGUUGCUAUUUCAGAAUAUGAUAUAGAAAUGUAUGAAGCUCUUUAUGAAGAUUUUGUUGAUACUACUCUUACAUUUGAUGGAUAG